UGGUGCACAAAUCAAACAUUACAAAUACUCCUUAUAUUGAUACAAAAGGCGCCAAAAACCAACAAUCAGCAUUUCAUUAUCAAAAUUUUGAAAUCAAACAACAAGCUUAGCUGAAAAAGCCUGAAACAAAACAAAACCACCAACAUUCAAAACCUUGAGCAACAACAAUGGAGGGCGGGAUGAUCUCAGUAGAUCGAUGGGCGAGAGGAAGCCAAGCUUACUUUCUUACGCAUCUUCACUCCGAUCAUACGCGCGGCCUCUCGUCGACUUGGUCGCAUGGUCCGCUCUUCUGCUCUCGCACCACCGCCAAGCUCUUCCCUCUCAAAUUCCCCGAUUUCAACUUCGCUUUACUCCGUGUCGUCGAAAUCGGGUCUUGGCAUCAUCUUUCUCUUUCCUCUCCUUCCUCUGGAUCUCCUGCUCCUAUUCAGUUUAUGCCAAUUGAUGCUUUUCACUGUCCUGGGGCUGUAAUGUUUUUAUUUAAGGGGAUCUUUGGUCAUGUUCUAUACACGGGGGAUUUCCGUUGGGAAGCAACUGGUGAGAGGUCAAUGAAAGCAAGGAACAUGCUUCUUGAUGCUCUCCAUGGUGCUAAAGUUGACCACCUUUACUUAGACAAUACCUACUGUAACCCUUUAUACUGUUUCCCUACACGAGAAGUUGCUGCUCAACAGGUUAUAGAGAUCAUUGCUUCACACCCAGACCAUGACAUCAUCAUUGGGAUUGACUCCCUGGGUAAAGAAGAUCUGUUGCUUCAAAUUUCACGUAGUCUGAAGAUUAAGAUCUGGGUGUGGCCAGAGCGGUUACAGACCAUGCAUCUUCUUGGUUACCCUGAUAUCUUCACAACCAGGACUUCCCUGACAAGAGUUCGAGCUGUUCCUCGUUACAGUUUCAGCAUUAACACCUUAGAGGCCUUAAACGCCAAAAGGUCGACUAUAGGAAUUAUGCCAUCUGGUCUUCCAUGGGUAGUGAAGCCCUUUGAGGGAAAAAUGAAAGACUCCCUUUCUCUUUCAGUUGCUUCAACAAACAGGACACUUGCAAGCAAUGGGACUCGAGUUGACAGGAACAUUAAAUCUGCUGAGAAGGUCCAUGAUCAUAUCUUUACAGUUCCUUAUUCUGAUCACUGCUGCUUUCAUGAAAUAAAAGAUUUCGUUCAGCUAACCAAACCAUAUAAUGUGAAAGGCAUUGUGUCCAUGUCUUUCUGCUAUGUUAACCCUGCUUACUAUCUCAGUCACCUGUUUAGCUCGAACCAUUCAUCUCAGAAAACUCGUCUGGAUCCAGAAAUUUGUAUGGAAGUUGAAAAAGUUGAAAGGAAAGGAAAGAUGAAAAUCAGAGAUAUCAGAGGUACAGAGAUGAGAAAGAGGACCAAUAAGGCUAACUUUUUAGGGGUUCGAAUUCGUAGGGUGGCCAUACUGAGACAGAUAAGCCGUGGUGUAAAAAUUGUGGAAUGUGAUAGUCCUGACUGAUUAAAGUUCAGUGUUGGCCUUUGUGUUUACUGAUGAUACAGGACAAAAAGGAAGUUUAGCAUUGCAUCAAUUAAAUAGAAGAUGAUAUUAAACACCCUAGGAUUUCAUGGUUCUAAAACUUUGUACAGAAGUUCUAAUUUUGGGAGAAAGCAGCUUGUUCAGAGGUUAUACUUGACGUUUUGCUGAAAUAUAUCUGAGUUGGGUAGUUUUGCUGUCCUGGAAUCAGAGUUUAAGAGGUAUAAGCAAGUUGAACACCAAGUAUGUGAAUCAGAUAGUAUCCCUGGUAUGCUAUUUUAGCUCCCCAUGUUUCUUUCACACUUCAAUUGCCAGCUCAGUGCUCACCCCUCCAAAAACAAAAGUGAAACAUAUUAUGCAGUUUCUAUUAUAUGGUUCCUGAUUGAGCUGGUAGUAUAGCAUAUGUCGUAUGGUAACUUUACAAACUUCCAUCGUUGUUCUGUUUUUUUAGGUGUACAAAUCUUUAAUCUCUGAUGGAAUAACUUAUACUUAGUACAUAUAUCCUUGACUAUGCUUGUCAAUCAUCCAUGAAGUUAGCACAUAAUUCACCCUUUGUUCUUUGGGAAAGUUUUCCCUUGGUGACUAUGGGAUUUUUAGAUGAUUCAUAUACGAUUUACUUGUGAGUUCAAUACUUGUUUGUAAUGAUCUUUGGAUGUUUAGGUUGCUCCGAAGACUAUCAAUUGUAAGGCCCCGUUAAGUUCACCUUAUUUUUGCU